UUCCUCAACGUCAUCUCUUGCUCCCGCCAUCUUGGCCGGUACCACGCGGGAUUUUGGGCAAUUCACGCUUAUUUUGAAGGGCUGGGACACCUCAGAGGACCAGCAAGCGGGCCGGAAAGUACACAGUCAUGGAUCCGAAAAAGCAGCAGCUUCCGCCAAAGGAGAACGCACUGUUCAAGCGGAUCCUGAAAUGCUAUGAGCAGAAACAAUAUAAGAAUGGGCUGAAGUUUGCCAAGCAGAUCCUUUCCAACUAUCCAGAUCAUGGAGAAACACUUGCAAUGAAGGGACUCAUAUUGAACUGCCUGGGAAGGAAGGAAGAAGCUUACAACUUUGUCAGACAAGGUCUUCGAAACAACCUCAAGAGUCACGUGUGCUGGCAUGUGUUUGGUCUGCUGCAGCGCUCGGAUAAGAAGUAUGACGAGGCUAUCAAGUGUUACAGAAAUGCUCUCAAAUGGGACAAGGACAACCUCCAGAUAUUACGGGACUUAUCUCUCCUUCAGAUUCAGAUGAGGGAUCUAGAAGGAUAUAAAGAGACAAGAUACAAGUUAUUUGAACUUAGGCCAACGCAGCGCGCAUCAUGGAUUGGUUAUGCAAUGUCAUUCCACCUUCUUCAAGACUAUGAUAAAGCGCUGAAGAUUUUAGAAGAAUUUAGGAAAACUAUUCAGAAAACUUCAUAUGAUUAUGAAUACAGUGAACUGCUGCUAUAUCAGAAUCUUGUCAUUAGAGAGAGCAAGAAUCUACAAGAAGCCUUGCGGCAUCUCAACACUUACGAGGGCAACAUCUGUGAUAAGGUCACACUCCAGGAACUCAGAGGAGAGUUAUUAAUGAACUUGGGAAGGAAGGAGAAUGCAAGUGAGGUGUAUAGAGGCUUGAUCAAACGGAAUCCUGAGAAUAGGAAUUACUACCUCAAGCUGGAAGAGGCUUUGGGGCUCACCACAGCAGAAGAGAGAAUAAAAUUGUACGAAGAACUUAAGGAAAAAUUCCCCCGUGCUCAAGUGCCUAAGCGACUCCCCCUCAAUUAUGCUCGAGGGGAGGUGCUAAUAUCCUUAUUAGACCCUUAUUUGAGAGCAGCGUUACAGAAGGGUGUGCCGCCACUCUUCACAGACAUCCUCUCAUUAUAUGAUGAUCCAGAAAGAAUAAAAAUUAUUGAGAAUUUAAUGUAUGGCUACCUGAAGAAUCUGAAGGAGACAGGACAUUUGUGUGAAACAGAUAAUGAAUACAAGGAGCCGGCCUCCAUCCUGUACGUGCUGAUGUUCCUGGCGCAGCACCACAGCUACCUAGGAGACACGGAGAAGGCGCUCUCUCUCAUAGAACAAGCAAUAGAGCACACGCCAACCUUAAUAGAACUCUAUAUUGUCAAAGGAAAAAUAUUGAAGCAUGCAGGGGACUAUGUUGGAGCCUAUGAAGCCUUACAGGAAGCUCAGGCCUUAGACACUGCUGACCGAUAUGUGAACUCCAAGGCAGCCUCGUACCUUCUCAAAGCUAACCUAGUCAGGCAGGCAGAAGAAAUGUGCUCCAAGUUCACUCGGGAAGGUGUAUCGGCAAUGGAGAACUUGAACGAGAUGCAGUGCAUGUGGUUCCAGACGGAGUGUGCGCAGGCCUACCACCGCCUGGGCCAGUAUGGGGAUGCACUCAGGAAAUGUCACGAAGUAGAUAGGCAUUUUACAGAAAUCAUUGAGGACCAGUUUGAUUUCCACACUUACUGCAUGAGGAAGAUGACUUUGCGCUCUUAUGUGGAGCUGCUGAGGCUAGAGGAUGUGCUGCGGAGUAACAGGUUUUACUGGGACGCAGCACAGACUGCCAUCACCAUAUACCUCAGGUUAUAUGACCAGCCCCUCACAGCCAACACUGGAGAGAACAACAUCAAUACUGCAAAUCUGGACCCGGCUGAGCUGAAGAAACUUAGAUCCAAGCAGCGCAAGGCGGCCAAGAAAGCAGAACAGAACAAGGCCGAGGAAAAGAAGAAGGAAGAGAAGAAGGCUGAACACCAAAAAUCCAAAUCUGGCGGCAACACGGAUGACGUGGACAACCACCCGACAGAAGACCUAGACCCCAGCAAGCUAGAAAGGACAGAGGAACCUCUCGCUGAGGCCAUCCACUUCCUGAAGCCCCUCCAGUCCCUUGCUCCACAAAGAAUCCAGACUCACCUUAUGGCCUUUGAAAUUUAUAUACGGAAAGGCAAACCUCUCCUCAUGUUGCAGGCACUGAAAAGAGCUCUUGACCUGGAGCCUAACAACCCGGAGCUUCACACGUGUCUCAUCAGGUUCCUGCAGUACAGACAAGAAAAGUUACAAGGGCACCAUAGCGUCGUGGUGGAUGUGAUCAACAGGGAGGUGAACCGGUUGCUGCCCACCACUGACCCCACGCAGCUGAAUGAAGACUUCCUCAAUAACAACCAGGACUCAGUUCCCCACAGGCUACAAGCGGCCAGAGCCAUGAAGCUGCUGGAUUCAGUACAGAGGGACAGAGCUCUCUCCAUCGCCACCGCUCUCGAACCUCACCUCACUGAGCAGACCCACCAGAAUCUGCAUAAGGUGCUAGAGUGGCUGGAGUCCAGAGAGGUUGCAGGGACACCCGAACAACUCAGUCGCUACAAGGCCCAGAGUCAUGCGCUGUUCCCACGUGCCAGAGCUUUCAUGCCACCUGAGUCUUCUUCCUCAUCAUCCUCCUCCUCCACCACUACCACCACCACCACCACCACCACUGCAGCAGACUCCAUCUCAACCACCAACCUUACCGUCACCACCGUCACCACCACCACCACCGCCGCCACUGCAACCGCCAAUCACAACCACGUGGACGCUCCCAGCAGCUGAGAUUCACUAAUGGUCUGUAACGCCAGAGUUCAGCGAGUGCAGGGUUGUUACAAAUAACACUCACCAGGAUCCAGUGAUAUUGCUGCUGUGUGCAUCAAUAAGGACAGGAAAAGUUUCAUAUGCUUUUUAAGGCUCAAUAACUUAAAAGUUAUAAUCAAUAGAGGAAAUGCAUGUACAUAUGGGAAUUGAAUAGAAACGAUCCUGGCAUUGUACACUCAUGCAUUGGUGAGUGCUGUCAGACACUGAAGUGUUUCCUCUCUGUACACAUUUUUUCCUGCCGUUCAGAUGACUGACUGAUCCCUGUUGUUGGAAUUAUUCUUACAAAGUUUUUGUUAAGCGUUGAAUUUGCUGUGUCAGUAAACAAGUAUGAAAUGCCAAUGUUCUUUUUACACACACCUGAUGGAUCUUUAGUUUAAUUCCCUCUCCUCUCCCCCCCUCUCUCUCUCUCUCUCUCUCUCACUCUCUACCUCUAUCAUAUUCUCAUCCUACAGAGUUCCUGUUAAAAGUGCUUAAGUUUAUUUCCUUACCUGAGUGUUUUAUAUCAUCGUAAAGGCCUUCCCCUGCGCCAUGGCAGGCAAUACAUCCAAACUCCAGCCCCAACACUCCCUCAGCAUCACCACAGCUGCCCACCACUCAGCAGAGUCAGUGUCAACACAGCUAUGGAGUCACACAUGUUGAAGCAUUUUGUUGUGGAGCUGUUUCAACUCAGGCAGUUGGUCACUCUGCCUUGAGAUUUUAUUAAUAAAAAAAUAUUCUUGUCCAGGCUGUGUAGUAAAUUCAUCCAAAAUCCUCCCCGGUCAUGUGUGAUGCACCAAAACUUUUAAAUGCAUUUUAAAGAGAAAUUUAUUCUUUUAGAGACUUGUAGGAGUGACCCUUAAUGGUGAGAAACUUUGAUGAUGAUGAUGAUGAUGAUGCACUGUAUGGAAAUUUGUUUUGGCAGUUUAUACUCAGCCACAUUCCACUCGCGUAGUUAAUUGCCAAGACUCAGUUUUGUGGAAUAACUGUUACGUGCCUUUGUACAUUUGUAAUUAUGUUAGUACCUUCAAAGUGCCCUGCUAUUAAUAGUUUCUCCUACAUUUCACUUAGUUUUUUUUUUUGCCAUUUGAAGGCUAUUAUACAUCACUAUAUCAUCAGUACAGUAUAUUAAACAAGUCCUGUAACUCUACCUUUUAGCUUCCUCUUGUUAUAGCAGCGGCUGUUUGGCUUGUUUCUUCACUUGCAUGACGUUAUGUUUGGUCUUGAUGCUUUCUUAAAAGAUAAAAGCUAACUGAGAGGGACAAAUGGCAAAGGCUUGAUGAAACGUGGGUCAAUGACCAGCCUGGCGAGUGGUGCGAGGUACCCGGGGGCCUGAGCACUGGGCACACGGCUGCAUUGCUUAUUCUGCUUAAUGUCUGAGAGACAGACACAUCAUAACCUGUCUUGCUCACUUGCUCUGUCUGUUGAUAUUAACCGGGUAAUGAUGCUUUCAUUUUGUAAAUACUAAGAAAUGUCAACAAGCUGUGAAAAUGCUUUAGAGUUUCAAUAUGUAGAUAGUGGUGCUUAGCAUCACAAAAACCAAGGUGGACUAUGACCCCUUGGUGACUGGAGUCAUAAGCCAUCUCAUGAUGAGGGUUCUACCGCAUCAGUGCAUCAACAUGGCCAGUCAACACUUUUCCCUGUGUGUCAUCUGAUUUCUGUUUUAUGGAUAUUUUUUCUUUAUGAUUAUUUUGAAUCUAAAACUGAGGAAUUACUAUGUGACAAGCAGACUUCAUGCAAGGUUGCUGCCAAGCAAAGACCAGGACAUGAAGCAAUGCCGAGGAAGCAAAGCAACCAUACUACUCUGUGUCAGUGGCUUUGUACCACUAAUUCUGCCACCAGCAAAGGCAUGAACAUGGCAACACUCACUGCUGAGGUGAGGCCCUUGCCUGCUGAUUACCCUGUGUGCUCCUGUCUUCAAGAACUUGUGGCAGAAAGUAUUUGUUUUGAAGAUACAGUAUUGCUUGUAUCUAAAUAAUUCCAUUCUUACAAAAAGUAAAGAUUUUACUAGAAAUGUAAAUCCUGAUAAGGACAUAAAAAUGUUAAGAAAUCAUUGGCUAACCAGCAGGAGAGAAUGUCAUGCAGUUACAGCUUUACUAGAACUUUUGUGUUCCUGGAUGGCAAAAUUACAUGGUCAGAGUCAGGGAUACUGAGUCAGUAGUGUGUGGGAAACCAGACCUGAUGGGCAUUAAUUUUUAACAUGUCAUUUAUUGAUACACACACACACAGACACUCACACAUCUUAAACUGGGCCUUCAUAUCCCUGACAUAGGAAUGUGGUCUUUCAGUAAAGGUAGUGAUGUCACAAAGCUGAUGCCAAAGUGCAUUUUAUUGUACAGAAAAAUACUGAUUAAUGAGAAACUGAGCUCAUCAUGGAAGGAGAAAGGACUUUACUAGUUUUAAUCAAGGAUUAUCGCUGUAUAUGCAUAGGAUUAUUUGGAGUAAAAUGAUGAAUGAAGCAGCAACAUAGAAGGAUCACAUUAAUCACUUGUUUUGUGAAGGUUGCUGCCAGUUGCUACAAAGCCAUGAAGCUAAACAGACUGGUCACAAGUCUGCAUUACUCGUGUGUAUCGGCCAGGUCUUAGUUGUUUGUACUGGCCCGUUAUUGCAUACUUAAUUAUGACUUGCUAGUCACUCCGGGAGAGGGUUGUGUUCCAUUGUUCCAGGGUAUUUGUAUAUACCUUACUGAGAACAGUUUUGUCCAGUCUGUUCCUCUCCUACUGUAUGUGUAUGGCCACAGGGCAGCACUGGACAAGUGGGGUCCUCAGGUUGGUGCAGGAGAGGCUGGUGGCUCCACUCUCUCCAACCAACCAAACAAACAUAAACAACAGUCAUUAUUCCAAAUUGUUUGUACAGAAGCAAAGCAAAUGAAGUAAUUUAAACAAGCUAUACCUUACAGUGUAUGUGUUCCUUGCCAUUGUUUUUGUUUUAAUUUUAUGGUGUUAAUUUGUCAAAUAGGUUGUUCACUAAUUCAUACCAAUUAAGAUGUAUAUUAUAUAACUAAUAUACUAUGAGCCUCAGGUGAUAUAUUAUGAGUCAAGGGCACUGUAUGUACAUGGAUUGUUGAGUGUGCAUGGCCUGCCUGGGUACCACCCUAUUUUGAUACAUUUUUCAGUGUCAUUAUACAUAGGCAGAGAACCCUCAGAAUGGGGACUUGAAAAAUAAAUCCAAAUAUGUAU